CUCCGCAACCAAUCAACAGGGGGCUCUGACCGACGUCCUUGUGCCGCUCAGCUGUUUGACUGAUAAUAUUCCUUCGAUCCUACGGUUUCCUGAAUUCCGACAGAUUUUACUGAGAUUUCUUCAAAAUGCUCAGCUCCAGGGGACUCGUUUCUCUGGCCAGGGUGCGUCAGGGUUUGAAGGUUUUGGCGUGUGAGAAGCACACCCUGCCUGACUUGCCUUAUGACUACAACGCCCUGGAGCCGGUCAUCUCGGCGGAAAUCAUGCAGCUGCACCACUCCAAGCACCACGCCACAUACGUGACCAACCUGAAUGUGGCCGAGGAGAAGCUGGCUGAGGCCCAAGCCAAGAAUGAUGUGAGCACCAUAAUCAGUUUGGCGCCAGCUUUGCGGUUCAACGGCGGUGGACACCUAAACCACUCCAUCUUCUGGCAGAAUCUUUCACCCAAUGGAGGUGGAGAACCAACAGGUGCCCUGCUGGAAGCCAUCAAGCGCGACUUUGGCUCCUUUGAGAACAUGAAGAACCAGCUGUCAGCCUCAACUGUGGCCGUACAGGGCUCAGGCUGGGGCUGGCUUGGCUACAACAAGCAGAGCAAACGCCUCCAAAUUGCCGCCUGUCCCAACCAAGACCCCCUUGAAGCCACCACAGGGUUGUCCCCCCUAUUUGGAAUCGACGUGUGGGAGCACGCCUACUACUUGCAAUACAAAAACGUGCGGCCCGACUACGUGAAAGCCAUUUUCAAUAAGGCCAACUGGGCCGACGUGGCAGAGCGUUUCGCCAAAGCCUCCAAGUGAAAACCCAAACUGCAUUUUCCUCCUCUCAUCGUCGUCGAAAAUUGUUAAGCCGGUGCUUUCUUGCACUAGUGCAGUUUUUGUCUCUCCAUUUGAUUAGAGGUGCCUGUUAUGAGCCUGCUGCUAAAUGGGCAGCUGAUGAGUCAACAGUCGCGAAAAUCGCCGCGUGACUUAGUCUUGCUGGCUAGUCUGACAAGCUUGCAUGGUUCAAUCGAUUUGAUUAAAUAAAAUUUAUUUGCAUUUAA